GGGAUGCGAACGCUCGCUAUAUUCACCUAGACACCAGUAAGUUAGACUACGAAUGAGUGUGAGUACGUGGCUAGGUCUGCGAAUAAAUAAAGAGCCUCACCUCAGUCGUAACGCGGGGAUGCGAACGCUGAGGUGCCGUAAUCGAAUCGUCUGGUAUAAGUGGAACUCAAGAUGUUCCUGGUAUCGUACGAAAGUGAUCGCGACACGUAGAGGAUGUCAAAAUAAAACACAUGAUAUCAACGAAUGGAACGUCGGCGAACCCGACCGAAAGAUAAACGAAAAGAGCGUGCACAGAAUAACCAAUAUAUGUCAGAGGGAACAACGAAAAAGGGUAUAUGCCAUCGCAACAUGUCCGACGUCGGCGUUGUCGUCGCGACUCGAGCGCUAUCUCGACGUGGCGGCGUUCCGCCCAUGCCGCUCGUGCCUCGACCUACAUCCUGCCCGCCCGUCGGUCCUGCGCGAUACCUUGCCGGAAAUCUAACAGGCUUCCCAUCUCUGAUAGUGUAAAAACGCCGACAUAUCGGCGUUAUAAUCCGUGCAUACGUGGAGAUGCGUUAGGCAAUCAAGAAAGCUGGCAAUUACAUUGUCUUCAUCAUCAAGGUGAUGGAGUUGCUCGAGAUCGACAUUAUCCAGUGUAAGAUGUGUGACGCGUUGGAAACGAGACAUCCAUUGAAAAAGCGGCACAACAUCCGCUUGCCGCGCUAAGAUGUCUAACCCCU